CUGGCCGCCCAUGCCUCCGCCGUGUCCCCGCGGGGCCCUGCCCGGGACCCCCCUCCUCCUCCUCCUCCUCUUCCUCCUCCUGCCGCUGCUCUGCGCGGCCCCCGAUGCUUCAAGGGGAAAUAAGCUGAAACUGAUGCUUCAGAAACGAGAAGCCUCUGCUGCUGCGAAGCCUGAGGUGUCAGUGAAAGAAACAGCAGCCAAGGAGUUCCUGAGCAGCCUGAGACGCCAGCGGCGCCAGCUGUGGGACAGAAGCCAGCCUGACGUGCAGCAGUGGUACCAGCAGUUCCUGUACCUGGGCUUUGAUGAGCAGAAAUUUGAAGAUGACAUCUCCUACUGGACAAACUUGGGGCGUGCUCGUAAUGAAUACUACGGUGGCUACUACCAGCACCACUACGAUGAAGAUUCUCCGAUUGGCCCACGAAACCCACACACCUUCAGGCACGGAGCAGGCGUCAACUACGACGAUUACUAA